GCGCGGCCCAGGGGAAGACCACAUAGAUCUCACCAGAAUGCAACGACUAUCGAGCUUUCUCGCCCGAAGACUUCUGUAUGGGAAUCACUUUGCGCACCUCCCUUUUUGAGAGAAACUUGCUUUUUUUUAAGAGACACGGGGAAUGCGGUGAAAGCGGUGGAGACCUCCGGAUCGCGAAAUGUUGGGAUGGAAGGCGCAGACUUUGACUCGCCGUCUCCAACAGGAGUAUGAAGUCCUACUUCACGGUUGUGAGAUCUCCGAGAGGGAAACUUUGUUGCCUUGGGAUAUCGCUACACGCUCUCGGGGAAAUACUAUAAAGUGGGAAACAGUCUCGCAGUCCCCGCAACAUGGCCUCGGCUGCUAAUGCGCCCUCCGAGCAGGAAAACAGAGACCCCGAUCGGCCCAGGAUAAGGCGGAGGAACAGGGGGGACUAUACCCGCAACACACCGCUGGAUUUGGAGUAUUUGCAGCGGCCAAGUUACUGCGAUGCGAGCUUCGCUUUGGAGCAAAUAACCCAGGGGAAGGCGACUGGGAGGAAAGCACCUCUAUGGCUGAGAGCGAAGUUCCAGAGACUUUUAUUCAGGCUGGGCUGUUACAUACAAAAGAACUGCGGAAAGUUUUUGGUUGUGGGCCUCAUGAUUUUUGGAGCUUUUGCUGUGGGCUUAAGGGCAGCUAAUUUGGAGACGGACGUGGAGAAACUUUGGGUUGAAGUUGGUGGGCGUGUGAACCGGGAACUGACGUACACGCGACAGAAUAUAGGCGAGGAGGCCAUGUUUAACCCUCAGCUGAUGAUCCAGACGCCGCGGGAGGACGGAGCAAAUGUUUUAACGGUGGACGCGCUCCUACAGCACCUGGAGUCAGCUCUCCAAGCCAGCAGAGUUCAUGUUUACCUUUAUAACAGACAAUGGAAAUUAGAAAACUUGUGCUACAAAUCAGGAGAACUAGUCACAGAAAGUCAUUUGGACCAGAUCAUAGAAAAGCUACACCCCUGCCUCAUCAUCACCCCUUUGGACUGUUUCUGGGAGGGAGCCAAGCUCCAGUCUGGAAUGGUCUAUCUACCAGGUAAAGACCCUCUUCAGUGGACCAACUUUGACCCAAAGGAGUUCCUUGAGGAUUUGCGAAAGGCUAAUUUCCCAGUGGAUGGUUUUGAGGAGAUGUUGGAAAAGGCAGAUGUUGGACACGGCUACAUGGAUAGGCCCUGUUUAAACCCUGCUGACCCCGACUGCCCCCUCACUGCGCCCAAUAAGAACUCAACCAAGCCAUUCGAUGUGGCGAGGGCUCUGAGUGGAGGCUGCCAUGGUCUAUCCAGGAAGUACAUGCACUGGCAGGAGGAGCUGAUCGUAGGAGGGACCACCAAGAACGGCAGCGGACCCCUGCUCAGUGCCCAAGCCCUACAGACCAUGUUCCAGCUGAUGACUCCCAAGCAGAUGUUUGAGCACUUUCGUGGCUAUGAGGAGGUUUCCCACAUCAACUGGAAUGAAGAAAAGGCUGCAGCUAUACUGGAAGCCUGGCAGAGGAAAUACUCUGAGGCGGUGCUGCAGAGUGUUGCAGCAAAUUCGUCUCAGAAGGUCUUGUCUUUCACCUCCACCACUCUGGAAGAUAUUCUCAAGUCUUUCUCGGACAUCAGCGUCAUCCGUGUGGCCAGUGGAUAUCUGCUUAUGCUGGCCUAUGCGUGCCUUACCAUGCUACGGUGGGACUGUGCCAAGUCUCAGGGAGCUGUUGGGCUGGCGGGGGUCUUGCUGGUGACACUGUCAGUGGCAGCUGGCCUGGGCCUCUGCUCUCUCCUGGGCAUUUCCUUCAAUGCUGCCACCACACAGGUGCUACCCUUCCUGGCUCUCGGUGUUGGAGUGGACGAUGUUUUCCUCCUCGCUCAUGCCUUCAGUGAGACCGGACAGAACAAGAGGAUCCCAUUCGAGGAUCGUACAGGGGAGUGUCUGAAGAGGACAGGGGCCAGCGUGGCUCUCACCUCCAUCAGCAACGUCACCGCUUUCUUCAUGGCAGCACUCAUCCCCAUCCCAGCGCUCAGAGCCUUCUCUCUACAGGCUGCGGUGGUGGUGGUGUUUAACUUUGCCAUGGUGCUGCUCAUCUUCCCCGCCAUCCUCAGCAUGGACCUCUACCGACGAGAAGACAGACGUUUCGACAUUUUCUGCUGCUUUUACAGUCCCUCUGCCAAUCGGGUGAUUCAGAUCGAGCCUCAUGCACACCUGGAUGGGGCAGAUGAAAGCCACUACAGCCCUCCCCCAUCCUAUUGUACACCUCCUCCCUCGUAUCACACGCCUCCCCCAAACUACAGCAGCCCCCCUCCCUCCUACAGCAGCCAUGGCUUUGCCCAGCAGACGCAAAUCACCAUGCAGUCCACGGUGCAGCUCAGGACAGAGUACGACCCCCGGACCCAGGCCUUCUACACCACGGCUGAGCCAAGUUCGCAAAUCUCUGUGCAGCCCAUGAACGCAGCUCCAACGAGGAGUAACCCUAACAACGACUAUUACAGCAGCAACCCCAGCGGUAGCAGCAGCAGCAGCACCCACGGCAAUCUCAACAACAACAACAGUGGGAGCCGAGGCAAUGGGGGGUCUCGAGGUUCUGCCCCCUUCUCCCAUCAUCAUACUGCACCUCCUUCUGCUGCCACGACUCCAACUGCUAGCUCAGCUCCUCAGGGCGAUGCACCCUCGUCAUCUGGCCAGGGCCCGGAGAACAACAGCUCCACGCGGGACCUGUUGUCCCAGCACGGAGAACGCUCUCUGGGCCUGCGCUGCCUCGACCCCCCCUGCUCCCGCUGGACCCUGGCCUCUUUUGCUGAGAGACACUAUGCUCCAUUCCUUCUACAACCAACCACCAAGGUGGUUGUGAUUGUGCUGUUCCUCUGCCUGCUGGUAGUCAGUCUGUACGGGACCACCCAGGUGAAGGAUGGCCUGGAGUUGACGGACAUUGUGCCGAGAGAGACCAGCGAGUAUGACUUCAUCGGUGCCCAGUUCAAGUUCUUCUCCUUCUACAAUAUGUAUGUGGUGACACAGCAGGCGGAAUACCCCAAGAAGCAGCAUCUGCUGCACCAGCUCCACCAGAGGUUCCACACUGUUCGCUACGUGCUGAAGGAGGACAACGGAGAGCUGCCUCACAUGUGGCUUCACUAUUUCAGGGAAUGGCUUCAAGGUCUCCAGCAGGCGUUUGACAGGGACUGGGAGGCCGGGCGCAUCACCCAAAACAACUACAGGAAUGGCUCUGAUGAUGGCGUCCUGGCAUACAAGCUGUUGGUGCAGACAGGACGCAGGGAAAAGCCCAUUAACUUCAACCUGCUGACUCGUCACAGGCUUGUGGAUGCAGAUGGGAUCAUCAACCCCGGGGCAUUCUACAUCUACCUUACUGCUUGGGUCAGCAAUGAUCCUGUGGCAUACGCCGCCUCGCAGGCCAACAUUCGCCCACACCCUCCAGAGUGGCUGCGCGACCGGACCGACAUCAUGCCCGAGACACGCCUCAGCAUCCCAGCUGCUGAGCCCAUUGAAUACGCACAGUUCCCCUUCUACCUCAACGGGCUUCGGGAGACUCCACAGUUUGUGGAGGCCAUUGAGAGCGUGCGGGCUAUCUGCAGCAACUUCAGUCGACAGGGCCUACCCUCCUACCCCAACGGCUACCCUUUCCUGUUCUGGGAACAGUAUGUUAGUCUGCGCCACUGGCUCCUGCUGUGCAUCAGUGUCGUGCUCGCCUGUACCUUCCUCGUCUGUGCCCUCUUCCUGCUCAACCCGUGGACCGCCGGCAUCAUAGUGUUGGUGCUUUCUCUUAUGACUGUGGAGCUGUUUGGCUUCAUGGGGCUGAUGGGAAUCAAGCUGAGUGCUGUCCCUGUUGUCAUUCUCAUCGCCUCUGUGGGCAUUGGAGUGGAGUUCACCGUCCAUGUGGCUCUGGCUUUCCUGACAGCCAUAGGGGAUCGUCACAAGCGGGCCGUGCUGGCUCUGGAGCACAUGUUUGCUCCGGUGCUCGACGGAGCCUUUUCUACCUUAUUAGGUGUCCUGUUGCUUGCGGGGUCUGAGUUCGACUUUAUUGUCAGGUAUUUCUUCGCAGUGUUGGCCAUUCUCACAGUUCUUGGAGUACUGAAUGGAUUGGUCCUUCUUCCAGUAUUACUGUCAUACUUUGGGCCCUAUCCAGAGGUGACCCCAAUCGAUGGUCGUAGUCAGUUACCCACCCCAUCACCUGAGACACCUCCUCACGUGGUCCACUUCUCGGUCCGUCCUCACAACACCACCAUAGCCACGCCCACCUCUGGUGCAGCUUCAGACUCGUCGGACUCGGAGUACAGCUCUAACACCACAGUGUCUGGUAUAAGCCAGGAGCUGCAGAACUACAACCUGCCCUCCCACAGGGGACACACUCGAGCAGAGGAGCAGCAGUACCACCUCCAGAUCAGCAGGGGCAGAGCAGCCAGGACAGAGGAGCACAGGAGAGCAGGAUCAGGGAACAGGCGCACAGCCAGGCAGCCUGACCCUCCUGGCUAUAAUGUGUCUUUGUCCUCUCAGGGUUGUAAUUCUGGGCCCCAGCCAGCGGCUCCUCAGCGUAACAGCAGCAGGGACCCCAAGAGCCAGCCGCACCGGCAGGCCCCGCCCCCAGCCCGCCCGCGCAUGGACGCUUUUGAAACUGCUACUGAGGCUGGGGGCCAUCAUGGCUCACGUGGCCAUAGAGAACACUCAGCAGGCCACAGGGCCCGCUCUUCCCACAACCCACAACCUAAUCACCACCUCCCGCACCACCACCCAAACCCCACCCCUUAUUGUCAACCCAUCACCACGGUAACAGCAUCAGCCUCCGUCACUGUUGCUGUUCACCCAGCCCCCUUGUCCAACCAGGGCCCCCCAGCUUCCUCUUACCCAGGAUACACAACAACAGACAGUUACUGCCAAUCAGGAGAUCAGGGGACGGAGCCUGUCUUCCAGGACCCUCAUGUGCCACUGGACACUCACACAGGGGCCAGGGGGGCCUACAUGGAGUCCAUGGAGCUUCAAGAUUUGGAGUUUGAGGCAGCUGAGAGCAACAAUGGCAGGCGGACAAGCUGAGUUAUGGAGAACGCAAGUACAACGGCCAAAGAUGGACUCCUCCCUAUUACUUAGCAGCUGACUCGGUCUGGCGCAGGAAAGCCCAGCACAGCCCAGUCCGAAACUCGCCAGUGUUGCCGUCAUGGUGCUCAUUCUUACUGUAACCCAGUGGACUAUUUUCUUAGAUAUUUCUAUCUAUAUUUAAAAGUUGUAUACAUAUGUAAAUAUGAACAGAAAGUAGCUAUAAUUGUAGGAGCUGUACAACUCCUCAUGUUAACAGACUGGGGCUGCCAUUUUAUAUGGUUUGUGAGUGUGUUUGUGUAAAUGUGUAUGUGUGUAUGAGAGUUAGUGAUAGAUAUCUUAUUACUGCUCACUCAUCUGUGGAUCUGUGCCAUUAGGAAGCUUCAUCUAGACAAAAAUACCUGUCAGCAUUCACUGUUGCUGCUCAAAAUAUUUUUUUUAAAUAAUAUACAUUUAUAACUCUAUGCAAAUGUCUCUUUAAACAAAAGAAGUGAUCUGUGUGUGUAGGUGUGUGUGUGUAGGUGUGUAGGUGUGUGUGUGUGUGUGUGUGUGUGUGUGUGUGUGUGUGUGUGUGAUGUGAAACUGCCCCAUUAUCUUCUGGCUUAUAAAUCAGACACAUCCUCAGAACAGGCUAACAUUUACACUCAUUUUAAACAUGAGGGAAAUUGUUAGAAUUAUCAAACAGGGCUAUGGUAUAUAUGUGUGUGUUUAUGUGUGUGUGCGGUUAUUGUAUAAAGGUACGCAUGUUAAACUAUUAAUUUUUUAUCACAAACCUGUGGUAGUUAUGAAACAAUUACUGUUUAACUUGACACGCUAUGCGUGCUAUUUAAGACGAGCAGAUAUGAAGAAAUUUAAAAAGCUGUUUUUUGGUUUUGUUCUGUUCUUUUAGUCAUUGCCUCUGCAUUGGAACCUGUUUCUGCUCUCAGCUUUGUAUCACUGUCUGUGAGGUUGCUCUCUGGUUGUGUCUUACUGUACGAGGCAAUAUUGUUUAACCCUAGCAGGCUCAAAACUGUUUCUGUCUUGUACAAGCAGUAAACCCACCUCAAAGACUCACUCUCCCAUUACAGGGACCUUCACAUUACUGAUUCUGGAACAGGGUCAACACAGGGCUCUAACUCUGUGUCAAGUGGAUAAGCUAAAGCUCUGACUGUAUACUGUACAACCUGAUUUAACAUGGCACUUGACUGCACUCAAACUUCAUUCACAGCAAUACUUGCUUCAAGUAUCUUUCUUUUUUACUAUCCAACCAAUAAGCUAGCCCACACAGCCUGCUACGGGAUAAGCCUUAUAUGGCCUGACUAUGUGGUCUAUGUGUGUCUCAAUGUAUACAUGUCUAAAGCAUUUAUGUGCGUGUGUGUCUUGGUACAUCCUCUCAGUCUGCCUCAGCUCUCCUUUAUUGACAGUAGAAACAACUGGCCCUAAUUUGGCAUCAGCCGUCCCCACUGACCUCAGCUAAUAAAAUUCCACAACAUAAUGUCAUGACACUAAUUGGACGUCCCCCCACAACUGCCAAAUGGCACAGCCCAGAGCCUCACGGGUCAAAGUUGACACUACCAGCCCCCCCCCCCCCCCUCCCAGCAAUGGCCAGUUUAUAUCUGCAGGUCCAUGUCAGCGUGCAUACUUGCCUGCGCCUCCCCCCCCCAAAACCCUCCCACAGUUCCAGACCCAGGCCCCUUUGACCCAGUCACUCACCCCAACCACACCUCAGUUUUCCUCCACUUUUUUACACUCUUACUUCCUGUUGAACAUGUGUAGCUCUUCCCAGAAGUCUUUGCCGUUUUCUGUCCACCAUGUUACGUCAGCUGCUUGCAUGAAAUAGGUUGUUCUGUUUGUUUUUUGUUUUGUUUUCUCCCAAUGUCACAUUGGCAGUAGCGGAGAGAAUCAUAGCUGGCAACUAUUUUAUUCAUUUUUUUAUGUUUUUUGUUUGUUUUUGUUCUCAACAUUCAAAUGCGAUAUUUAUAUUUUUGUAAUAUAAAAUAUGUUUUUUCUUUCAUUAUUGUCGUGAAGCCAGUGGAUAACAAAUGCAGGGAUUUUUUUUUUUUUAUUAUUGAUAAAACACUAUUACAGUUUAAUGUUUUUACAUUAAUGGAGUUUGAUCUGUAUAAAGUGCUUACUAAUGUUAAAUAGGAAAAAAAGAGUAUAUAACAUUUUACACUACAGGUCUCAUCAUAGCUCUUAGAGGAUUUUAAAAGGAAAAAAAAAAAUCAGUGGUUCUUCCAGACUGCCAUUUUGGUCUCGGUUGGCGUGGAUGUAUGCUGUUUUCAGUUACAAAGAUAAAUGUAUGCCAUAUAAUUUAUUUAUAUGAAAAUUUAUUUUUGUAGUGUACAUAGUAGUUGUCAAGGUAUUUGACAGAAGUAUAUUUUUAAAGAGUUUAUAUGUAAUGAUAUACCAUAACAGAAAAAACCUUAAGGUGCACACUUUCACUGCUAACUGUCUUGUGAGACGACAUUGACACCUCCCCUUCAGUAUUAUGUUCCGAUCCUAGGAGAGAGACAGCUGUUUCUAUGGGUUUGUCAAAGGCUAGCCAUGAAAGUAGAAAAUUGUACUAGCUCUCUAAAUAUUAAUGUUCAAACACUGAUAGAAUUCUAACAAAUAAAAAUAUUAUAACUUAUUUGUCUCUUUGUUCAUAACUUUAAUAAAUGGAAACUUAAAAAUA